CACAAUAGUAUCAACAUGGCGCUUUUACUGACACUAAGGAGCGGAGCUUUACCUCGUCUCUCAAUCCUCCAGAGUUAUCGUCGGACACCCAUUGGUGUGGGCAUUGUGUCUCGGUAUAUGACUAGUGAUAGGAAACUCAGCAAUGAUAUUCAGGGACUCUCCAUCAAACACUCUGUACCAAAUGGUGACGCCCAGACUCCUGUCGACUCGCCCCGCACUGUACCUAAGAAUGAGGAUCUUCAGGUGCCACCGACCAGAUCAGAGCUGAAGAAUGGAAUGCUUCCACCUCCCGGAGCUCCUCCACCACAGAAGUAUAAUCUGUGGGAAAAAAUAAAUUGGCCCAUUGGUAAAUCUAUUGCUGGUGCUAUCUUAACUGCAAUGAUUGGAUACUUGAAGGCACUCUGGGAUUCUAAGUCAAAGGAGCGUGCUAUUGACAAUAUGAUGGAGAAUGGAACUAAACCUUGUCCGUUGGUUGAGAACCCUAUUGAACGUAAUGACAUUGUGGAAAGGAUUAAGAACACGUUUAUUCUUGGGCAAGGUACUGAAAAGAAAUUUGGAGUAAUUCUUGGUCCAACUGGAACAGGAAAGACACACGUCAUUAGGGAAGCACAUCGUUGGCAUCCUAAAGGAUCUCUUUACUUUGAAACUGAUGGAGUGCCACUAUUUGCCAAAGAGUUGGCUGAAGCUACUGGUAUCAGGAUUGAACCCACUCUCUUGAGUGUUGUGUUAAGCAAAUUUUUCCCAUCAUCUCCUGGCUACUAUCCACUUCCAUCAGAUUUUAUUGAUAGUAUGGUAUCAGUGAUUCGCAUUUUGGCUCAGAGAGCUGCUGUUUUCAAGGAGAAGCACGGACGGUCUCCUUGCUUGUUCAUUGAUGCGGUGGAUUUACUUGCCAAGGACAAUCAUGCAGCAUUUGUAAAAUUGGUUGAAAUAGCCAAAAAGCUUGCCAAUGAUGGGAAUCUUCGUAUCAUAUUUGGGUGUUCAGAGGGUCAUGUCAUGCCCCUUGUUCAUGGUACAUCUUCCAAAACUCGAGUUCAUGUAAUGGAAGUACUGGAUAUACCGGAAGAGAAAGCUGUUGACUACCUCAUGGACAAAGGAUUGCCUAAAGACUUUGCUGAUCGAGUAACAAAGGAAGUGGGUUGUAGAAUGAUAUUUUUAGAUCAUGUCGUUUCUUUUUAUCAUUUCUACAAGUCACAGUAUAGUGCUGAUGAUGACCUCCUAAAGAAAAUUAAGGAUAAAUGUCAUUUCCUGUUUACUAAACAGGGAUAUUCUGAAAUAGUACGACAAAAGCCACGAUCUGCCAUCAUCAUUAAACACCUGGUUAAGUUCGAUAGAGCAACAGGAUUCGACCCUGAAGUAUUUCUUGACGAAUAUAGUGAUGAGGCAGUUAGAGGGAGUAUGGAAGAUAGUCUUCAGUUAUUGGUCAGUAGCAAUGCUUUGAGGUACACAGAGGAAGGACAAGUGACUUGGCAUAGCAAGAUGAUGGAGGAGAAAGUUAAGAAAGAGUUUAAACUAAAAUAAUUUUGAGAUUUAACUUUGAAACAAUAGUGUUGUGAACUUGUUAGCUAUUAGUUUUUUUAUUUAAAAUUGGCACAAAGAACUGAAUAAGCAUAAUUAAGUAAUUCAAGCCCAGCCUAUGUACCUGCCCACCCUCUUAAAUUUUAAGUUUUAACUCCAACAUGCUGGAAUCAGAAGGCGAGAUUUUGUCGACUAAGAAUACUAAUUCUAACCAUAGAUAUACAAACACCUACCUAUCUAAAGUACUGAAGAGUUCAGUCAGUGAGAGAAGAGGAGACCUAACAUGAUGUGGUGACUAACAGGAAUAAGUGUAUGCCAGCUAAUGAAAGGUCACAUAAAUCUUGUAGUUGCAGUUACUGUAAGACUAUGUACAGUAGGUAAUCUAGUCCUUAGUUUUGAUUAUUUUUUGUGAUCACAAUUGAGCCUUGUUGUGUCAUUUUUAUUUGUAACAUCAUACCUGGUACUGACAGGGGCGGAUCUGGGUCAAGUUUCAUGGUAGGGCAAAGAAGUGGGUGGGGCAUUUAUAACUUUCAAUAAGUAGUUAUUAACUAUUAAUAACUUGUAAUUAACUUUUUAUAAUAAUUAAGACAAAAUGUUGAUCUGUUCUUAUCUCCAUUUUCAAAUCUGUUCUUAUCUCCACUUCUACCUGUACUGUUCCACCGCUUUGUGGAUGAGAAGAUAGUUGGUUGGGGCCGUUUAAAAUUGUAGUUAAGAGACAGCUGCUAAUGCUGCUUACUCAUUGUCCUUUUUUCAGUGCACAUGUUAUGUGGUUUUAAAGAUUAAAGAAGCCAUAAUAAGCACACACACAAGUUUAUUUAAGAUGAUGCAUAUGAAUUUCAUUAUAUAAUUAUGAAUCUCAUUAUCUUAUAAAGUUGAUGCCUGGGCAAAAACCCGGGCUUGCCCAGGUUCAGAUCCGCCCCUGGUGACAGGUAGUCUUUGAAGAUUGAGCAGGUUUCCCUUUAGGUGGAUUCCUAUGGUUUGAUGGUUGCUUGUUUUUGCUACGGCACACUCUAGCCAAAUGCCCUUUCUUUCCACAUACUCUGCAUUCAGAAUCCAUGAACCUGCAUUUGUUGGCAUAGUGACCGCC